UUGUCCGAAACGUAGACCUUUUAUUUCUUCUUCUCUAACGGCUACUUUUACUGAACACAGAAUUUAAAAAAUCUCAUCUAUUUUCUUCUGAGCAAACACUUAACAAUUUAACAACAACUCUCUCUCUCUCUCUCUAAACUCUCUCCAAACCCGCUCUCCGACUCGCUACGCAAUGGACGAACCAGAAAUUUUACGAAUCAACAUUGAAGAAGAAGAAGAGUUUUAUGAAACUAUAGAGGCUCCGAAAUUUGUGGACCUCGCUGCACCGGAACCCGACCGCCAUGGAGAUGACCGUUACUGGUUCUGCUCUAGAGUUGGAUGUGACCAAAAACAUGAAGAAGAAAUGGAUUCUGAAGAAAUCUACAAAAACUUUGUUCUCCGGGUUAUGGCAGCAAGAAGUCCGAAUAUUCGUCUUAGAAGAGCACUCUACAGAAAGGACUCAUGGACUACUGGACUGAAAUGCCCAAGGACGGUUCCUGCGAAACUAUCAAAGUCUAGAAUUCCAAGACUUGCUUUGAUUUCUUCAAUAUCUAAGAGGAUUGGUGAUCCUAAAGUAAAAGUGAAGCCUAUUUCGAAACAGAAUUUGACUCCGAAUACGAAGAAAAAUGAGCAGCAGCUUUCUGUUACUACUACUACUUCUAAGACGAAAAAGCAGCUGUCGAAUUCUGAUGUGUUUCGAAGUGUUAGGAAUCCGAAAACGACAGCUUCUGCAGUGCCAAAGAAUAGAGUCGUAGCAAAGACUUUGGUCUUUAGUUCGCCGAAGAAGUUGGGGAAAACAAAGAGUUCUUUGGAAUCGAAAACGCCUUCAAAGACCUUAUGUGCUGAGAUGAAGAAGCUUGAGAUCACUAGUCUAAAGAAGCAAGUAUUGGGAUGUAACAACAAACCAUUGCCUUCGGAUAAUUGUCGAAAACAACUAAGAGGACGAGAGGUUAAAAGCAGAGUGUUUGAUGGAAUACUCACUCAAAACCAUAAGAAAAUUAUUAAGGAAAAGAAGUUACAGCAGAAUCAUGAUGUGGAGACUCAUGAAAGGGUUGAAAAUGAUUUCAUUAACACGGAUAUUGAGGAGAAAGUCGGAAAUGGUACUAAGAGAGACGACGGAAACUCACUUGAAGAACAUAUUGCAGUUACAGAAACCUCAAAAUCUUCAUCGGAUGAGAAUGGAAAGGAAGCUUCUUCAGACGGCGAUGAUCCGAAAAUUCAAGCUUCGGAGGAAAUUACGGAGAGAAAUAACAAUCAGGAUGCAAUAAUUUCUGAUGACAAGGAAAAUAUCAGUGAAGUUAUGGAGAAUGAUGAUAAAGAAAAUGCUUCAGCCUCUAAUGAAAACAGAAAAUUGGGCAGUAAAACUAAUGGUACAGAAGAUAAAAUUCCUGGCAAGAAUGAGACUUUGAAGGGCAAUAUAAAGACUGUUAAAGCGAAAAUUAAGCAAUCAAUAGAAAGCUCUACAGCUGCUGCACAAGUACUGCAGCUUAAAAAGUUUAAGCCUACAAAUCCAAAGCCAUUUCGAUUGAGAACUGAUGAAAGGGGAAUUCUUAAAGAAGCAAAUGUAGAGAAGAAAAUCUCAUCUGCGUUUCUCGGUGAAGUUGCAUCGGUCCCACGGAUGGUGGCUGGAGGAAAUUCACUGAAAAGGCGACAGAACGUGCUUCAGAGAAAUGACAAGUUCUUGGAACGAAAUGAGAAUCGUAAUGAUGCAAAUGAGAACGGAGAAAAGGAAAUGACGGAUCAGCUUCAAAAUAAGAUUUCCGAGUCAAAGAUAAUGAAAGAAAGAGUGAGACGGAAACCCCCUUCAACGACGCCUAUGAGACAUACAGUUUCGUCUCAGCAGAAACUUGUUGCUUCACAGCAGGAAUGCAGGCAGGGAAAAUCUGCUUUAAAACCGGGAGUCAGCUCGAAAGGAACGAAACCGCCAUCAAUGCAGCGAUUAGCAAGAACACGAGAGGCAGCAUCGAGUAAAACGACUUGCAUCACGCAACUCGGAACAAUAAUCGAAAACUCCUUGGCGGUUUUAGGAACUAAAGAAGAAGCUGCAAAACCAAGUGAAGGUGGUGAUUCUACUACUUGUCCUGUUUCCAAUCAUUCAUUACAAGGAAAAAGGCUCAAUACCAUUCCGAAGGAACCAAACUUUCAUGCUAUUCAUACACCAAAAAGCUGCACAAGAAGAGUGGCUCAAGUAUAAUUUUACCUAAGAAGAGUGGUUUUUUGUUGUUGUUGUUGUUGUUGUUGUUGUUGUUGUUGUUGUUGUUGUGUGUUCAAUCGAUUCAUUGAAUUAAUUCCUCGAAAUUCCGAUACAUUCUUAAUUUCUUGCCAGAUAAGUAACUGCCAGUAUAUAUAGCAGCAUUCUUGA